GAAGUGACGUCGCACGCUUUCGCGCUCGCGGGAAAACUCUACUGUUUAAGUGGCGGGCUGCCGGUGCGACUGUGGAGCGGUCAUGAGCCUCUGGGUGGACAAGUACCGGCCGAGCUCCCUUGCCCGGUUGGACUAUCACAAGGAACAGGCAGCACAGCUGCGCAACCUGGUGCAGUGUGGAGACUUUCCUCACCUCUUAGUAUAUGGACCAUCAGGUGCUGGAAAAAAGACAAGAAUUAUGUGUAUUCUACGUGAACUUUAUGGUAUCGGGGUGGAAAAACUGAGAAUUGAGCAUCAGACUAUCACAACCCCAUCUAAAAAAAAAAUUGAAAUCAGCACCAUCGCAAGCAACUACCACCUUGAAGUUAAUCCCAGUGAUGCGGGGAACAGCGACCGAGUUGUAAUUCAGGAGAUGCUGAAGACAGUGGCCCAGUCACAACAGCUUGAAACCAGCUCACAAAGAGACUUCAAAGUGGUAUUAUUGACAGAGGUGGACAAACUCACAAAGGAUGCUCAGCAUGCCUUGCGCAGAACUAUGGAGAAGUAUAUGUCUACCUGCAGGCUCAUCUUGUGCUGCAAUUCCACAUCCAAGGUGAUACCCCCAAUCCGAAGCAGGUGCCUGGCAGUUCGUGUGCCUGCUCCCAGCAUCGAAGAUAUUUGCAGUGUACUAUCCACUGUCUGCAGGAAGGAAGGUCUGGCUCUUCCUUCGACAUUGGCCCGUAGGCUGGCCGAGAAGUCGUGCCGAAACCUCAGGAAAGCCUUACUUAUGUGUGAGGCCUGCAGAGUGCAGCAAUACCCUUUUACGGAAGACCAAGAAAUCCCAGAGACAGACUGGGAGGUGUAUCUGAGGGAGACUGCAAAUGCUAUUGUCAGUCAGCAGACGCCACAGAGGCUCCUUGAAGUCCGAGGAAGGCUCUAUGAGCUUCUAACUCAUUGUAUACCUCCUGAGAUAAUAAUGAAGGGCCUCCUCUCAGAACUCCUCCAUAACUGUGAUGGGCAGCUGAAAGGGGAAGUGGCACAGAUGGCAGCCUACUAUGAGCACCGACUACAGCUGGGAAGCAAAGCCAUUUAUCAUUUGGAAGCAUUUGUGGCGAAGUUUAUGGCACUUUAUAAGAAGUUCAUGGAGGACGGACUGGAAGGCAUGAUGUUCUGACAGCCAGCAGCUCCUCCAAGCACAACAGAUACCUUGUUUAUAUAAAUUUAUCCUGGGAUUUUGGGUAUAAUAAACUAGCUUUACCUAGUAAUGUA